CAGCAGCAGCGCGCCAACUAAAUUGUGGUGUCGCAAACAUCCUGCUGGCGAACUGACUGCCGCGCCAAAAAAACCCCGCGUUCGCUGCUGACACACCAACAAGCGAGCGAGCGAGAGAGCGAGUUGUGGUGACUGCGACGGCCUCGAUCCACACACGCACACACACGUCCUCUCGCCUUGACUGGCGCAGCCAUAAUGGACCCGCCGGCGCUGGCGCCUGCGCCCGUGGCGUCCACGACGACAUCAUCGACAACAACAGCAAACACCUCUGCAGCUGCUGCGUCAGCAACAACGAUGAUGGAGGUGAACAGCGCAGCUGUGAGGAGCGCAACAACACGCUCAACACCCGAGCAGAAGCAGAACCAACACAAGGAGAUUGGUGAGGUCCGCAUCUGGGACUUGCACAGCGGUGCGUUGCUGAAAGUGCUGCGCGAACAUCAGAAAGAGAUUACGAUCGUCCACUUUUGCCCUUCACCCGAGCUAGAACACAUGUUUCUCGUCACUUCUGCACAGGAUGGCACCAUUCGUUUCUGGCGAUACGAACUCGUCAACAACAACCAAGUUGACCUCACCCUCGUCAGGCAAGAGUCGAUAGAGCGGCCGGGCGUAUCACGCACACAGCACAGCAUCAUCACUGCCGAGUUUUCCGAGGGCGGAACCAUGUUCGCUGCCGGCAACAAGAACGGCAUCGUGCACCUGUUUACGAUUGAGAACAAGGACGUGCGGCUGGUCCGACACGACAGCACCGUGCACCAGGGCCAGGUUGAGGUGGUCAAGUUCAGCCAUCGCGGCGACCGCCUCUUCACCGCAUCCAAAAACGGACCCGCCCGCGUCUGGACGCGUGCGGACAACUGGUACUCCCGGAAGCUGGUGCCACUCGACACAGCUGUGCACGCGCGCAUUGAGCCCAAGUCCUACUUUGCGUACGCGUGCUGGACCGCUGACGACACGCGUGUUGUUGGCGCGCUGGAGGCCAGCCGUGAUGGUGCCAGCCCCGUACUGGUUGUCUUUGAGGCAGAGACGAUGGCGCUCACGCACGUGCUGCCGCACAUCCACGAGUUCUCCGUUGUGGGCGUGGUAUCCAGCCCACUUGACGCACGUGUGGUUGCUAGCGCAGGCCGCGAUGCACGCGUGGUGCUGUGGGAUGUGGUGGCCGGCACAGCCCUCCGCACCUUUGCCAUCCGCAACCGGCGCCUGGAUCCAAUGUCCGACGCGCGCUACCUCGACUGUUUGGAUGUGUCUUUUAGCCCGUGUGGGCGCAUGCUGUGCACGACAGACCUGUGGGGCAACUGGAUUCUCUUUGGCAGCCAGGGCGCAACGCUUGAGCACGCGAUGCCAGAGCAGUUUUUCCACAACGAUUUCGAGGCCAUCGCAAUAGAUAACAACGGGACGGCGGUGGAUGCGCGCUCCUUGCAGCGGCCAGAGCUCACACCAACGUGGCUGUGCAAUGCGAACAUGUUCCCAUACCCCACACUGGAUGAUCGUCGGCCCCCACGCGCGCGCACUGCAUGGAGCCACUCAUAUCUUGCCGCAGCGAAAAGCGCAGUGAAAUGCCUGCAGGCAAGAACGGCGAGUGAGCGGCAGCGCGCGGUCCACGAUGUUCGUGUGCGCGCGAACCACGGCGGCGGCGCAAAGCGACACGAUGACAUGCGCGGGUAUGAGCGGGAUCGCCUUGCCCGCAUCUUCGCCACAUCGGCUGCUGCCACAUCACCCACUGGGGCAGGCCACGCCAUGCACGCGCGUGCCGUUGGUCAUCCUGGCAGCAUCGGCAGUGCGCAGCAUGACGGGGCUGGUGCUGGUGCUGUUGUUGUGCAACCCACCGGGUUUGCGUUUACGGCUGGGGGUCCAACAGCUGCACAGCAGCAGCAACAGCAGCGACGACAGCGACAGCAGCAGCAGCGGCAGCAGAGCGACAGCGCGAGCACACGCGUGCGCACCUUGUCCGGCGCAGUGGCAGACAACGAUGGCGAUGAUGACGACGACGACUUGUCUGACUUUGAGGCUGCCGUCCAAGAGCAAGGGCGAUUGCAAAGGCGCACGCGCGCUGAGCGAGCACAGCGCAGACAGGAGAUGUUGUACGGGCACCUCUCUGAGUCGGAUGUCGUCAGUGUUCCGUCCAGUCCGGACCGUUCACCACGGCGGCCGCGGCGACGGCCGCGGCGGCAGCAACAGCGUGUGCAGGGCAGCGAAUCGUCACAGACAGCAACAAGAACGCGCCGAACACGCACGCGCCACAUGUACGGGUUUGGCAGCGAUGAGGACGAGGAGUAUGCCAUGGAUGAAGACGAGGAUGACGACGAGGAAGCGCUUGUUGAGAUUGGCGCUGGCAGCGGGCGUGGCCGUCGGCUUGGUGGGCGCGCACGCAGUGGCAGAGGCAGAGGCAGGGGGAGAGGCAGGGGGAGAGGCAGGGGGAGAGGAAGGCGAGGUGGUCGUGGACGGGGUGGUCGUGGACGGGUACAGGCAGAGGCCGAAGAGCAGCAGGAAAGCGAUAGUGAUGCAGAGGAGGAGGGAGAAGAGGAGGGGGAGGAGGAGGAAGAGGAGGAAGAGGGUAUUGUGCAGCCGUCCGACUGGAUCACCAAGACCACAUCAGACCCGUUUCCAUACGUGCCGCAGAUCAACGACUGUGUUGCGUACUUUCGGGAGGGCCACGAGGAGUUUAUCCAGGCCGCCGUCGCCGACGGACACACCGUCAUCAAGCCCAACCGCGCCCCGUGGGUACAGCGGCCGAACCUGCGACCCGUUGAGAAGUGUCGUGUGACGGGCAUCAAGUACCGUGUUGGCCCGCCCGCCAUGGCAGCUGUUCGCCUGCAGCUGGAGGACCCCAGAUGGAACAACGGCACGUGCUCCGUGCUCUACUUUGACUUUGACAAGGUGCCCGAUUUUAUGAUCCCCUAUGAGCGGUAUGAGCAGUCGACCCAGCGCAACUGGGCCGUUCGCAUGCCCUUUGUCUCCUUCUACGGGGACGGCUGGUACCGUGGUCGCGUCAUUGGCCGAAACCAGCCUGCCAACCCCAGGCUUCCAAACAGCCCCUGGCGCUCGCUGCUUGUGCAGUGGGAUGGUACUGGCAAUGGUGGUGGUGGUGGUGGCGCGACGGAGUCUAUGAGUCCUUGGGACCUCGACCCCGUGCCACCGGGCAUCACCGACGACCAAGUUGGGCCGGACGGGCGCGUGAAUGUGGAGUCUGUGUGGUCGUACGAUGUGCCGACAAUCAGCCCGCUUGAGACGGAACGCCUGCUCGAACUUGUGCGCCAACUCCGAUCCGUUUCCGCCCUCUCUGCCUUUGCUCAGCCCGUCAACUUUCGCCAGUUUCCCGCGUACCUCGAAAACAUUGCGUACCCGGUGGACCUGCAAACAAUUGAGCAGCGCCUGGCCAACAACUUUUAUCGGCGCAAGGAGGCGCUGAAGUGGGACGUGGAGGAGCUUGCCCAGAACGCAGAGCUGUUCAACGCGCCCGACUCGCCCAUUGCCACGUGCGCGCGGCAGCUGGCAGAUGCACUCAAGUCGGCCAUCAUGGACGAGAGUGCGACGUCCAUCGACCAGCUUGUUGAACUCCCACAUGAUGGGUCCUCAUCAUCGUUAGCAGCCGCAACCUCGGCAUCAGCGCUGACCACCCCGGCAGUGGUGGCGAUAGCGCCAACCAUGGCUGCCCUGUGCCCCGUUUCACCUGCGCGCGAGACACGCGAGCUUGUCGCUGCUGUUGGCGGCGUGAGUGGUGAGCUGACUCGCGCACCACUGACACGGGAACGGUUUGAGGACUUGAUGCGGAGCGUGGAGGAGGUGCAUACACAGGUGGCGUCAAGCACAUACGUGCGUGAGCUGGAUGAGUUGAGCACGCACACGCGCACGCGGCGCAGCCGCCGUGCCGACGCUGUGCUGGCGCGAGAGAUGGGCCGAAUUGACGCGCGCCUGCGUGAUCGCAUGUAUGGGACGCCGCUGGCCUACAAGAUCGAUAUUCUUCGCGCCCUCGCCACACACGCGCCGCCAGCACGCGCCGACGACACGAGGGUGCACUUGCACCGUUGCCUGACGGAGCUUGUCGAAGACUUGGUGGAAGGAUUGGCUGUGCGUCGUCCACGUGCGGCCGCGUCGCUCUCGUUCGCGCUGCGACACAUGCACGAACAGCUGAUGAUGUGCGCAGAGGCCGAACCCUUCAACGCACCCGUCGACACGAGUGCGGCUGGUGCAGAGACGUAUCUGAUGGUGAUCCAGCACCCGAUGGACCUGGGCACCGUGCUGCAGAGGUUCGUUGGGGGCGAGUACAAGACCGUGGACGCGUAUGCAAGCGACGUUCUGCUUGUGUUUGACAAUGCAAAGGAGUUUAACGCAUCGAGCUCUGAUCUCUACCUCGACGCCAUGCUGCUUGAGCACCGUUUCAUGCAGGAGCUGCAGGUGCUGUAUGGAAAGCCGUGCGCUGUUGCCCCUGGGCUGGAUGCUCAAGGCCGCCUGGUUGCGCGCGUGGACGAACACGGCCUGUUCCCGCACGACGCCAUUGAGCGGCUGCAUGCCAGCAUGAUGCAAGAGGACGAGGAUGGCACGUUUGCACGCCCUGUUCCUGAGGAUGUGGAAGGCUAUCAUGAGAUGGUUCGCUUUCCCAUGGACUUUGGCACCAUUUCCACACGGCUGCGAGCCGGCGCAAUCACGACCGUCAGCGAGUACGUGCAGCACGUGCGCACGACGCUGCUGAACGCGCGGCUGUUCAACGCGCCAGAGUCGGCAUUCUACGAGGCAGCGCUGGAGUUGCAGCGGUGGUUUGAAGACAAGCUGGACAAGCUGCUGCGUGAGUGCCUGGCAUCACCAUCGACAGCAAAAGCAACAAGAACAACGACGACAGCAUCAGCGGCAGCGACAUCGACAACACCACCAGCACGCACGUCGAAACGAGGUCGGUCCAUUCCCGCAUCGUCGUCGUCAGCUGCGGUGUCAUCAUCUUCAUCGUCAUCAUCGCCGUCGUCUGCUGCGGCUGCUCGCCGCUCAUUCCGGCACACCGCAGCCGGUGGUGGUGGCAGGGCCACACGCCGAAGCGCGCGUGUGUUGCAGCAGCACGAUGACGACGACGACGAUGAUGACGAUGAAGACGAGUACGAGUACGAUAACCAUGGUGACGGUGAUGAUGUUGAUGAUGAUGAUAACUGUGACGACGACGACGACGACGACGACGACGAUGAUGAUGAUGAUGAUGAUGAUGAUGAUGAUGAUGAUGAUGAUGAUGAUGAUGAUGGUGAUGGUGAUUAUGGAGAAGGUGGUCGUCGUCGCUCCACACGUGCCAGCACACGAACACGAACACGAACACGAGCACAUGGUGGCGACAGCGAAGCGCAGGGCCACUGCGCGACAACACCAGAUGCGCCUGCUGCUGCUCAGCAACAGCAGCAGCCACAGGAUGCUGUGAAUGUGCGGCCUCCGUUGUUGCAGGCACCAUCGGAGGCAGGCGGUGGCGCUCUGCUCCAGCAGACACCACAGGAACAACCACAACAGCAGCAACAAGAGCAGCAGCCACAGCAACAGCAAAAAGAGCAGCAACAGCAGAAGCAAGAGCAGCCACAGGAAGGUAGUGGCACUGGUCAACAGAGGCGACGCCGUCGAAAGAAGCGUGGCUUUGCAUCGGCCACCGGUGGCGCAGACGACCAGAGCGGCAACAUCCUUCCUGGGCGUGGCGACACAGCCAACAUGCAGCUGCAGACCAUGGCCCAGCAGGCCGGCGUCUGGCACCCAUGGAAGCUCACCCCUUUCGUGAACCUCCCAAAGCUCGACGCCCAGCAGAUGGAGCGAAGAGACGAUGCAUUGCAGUACCUGUUGCAAAUCAACCUCGCCUUCCAAGAGGAAGUGAAGAAGAAGCAGGAGGCGGCCAAUGCCAUUUCGCGCCGGGAGGCGGUGGAGGUGCUGAGCCGCAUCUACAUCGGCAACCUCUCCCGCGAAGUCACGGAGUUUGAUCUCAGGAAGGCCUUUCGCAAGUAUGGUGGCAUUCGAGAGUGCAGCGUCAAGCACGAGACAACGGGCACAUCAUUCAAGGGCUAUGCGUUCCUGCACUUUGACGCGCCCGAGGCGGCCAUGCUUGCCCUCUCCGAGAUGAACGGUGUCAUCAUCGGCGGAAGAAACAUCAUCCUUGGGCGGCCAAACAACAGCGAUCGCGCGAUGGAGUUCCUGGAGCCCCUGGCACAGGCGGCUGCAGAGGCCAACCGCAUCUAUGUGACGUCGCUGCACGCCGACCUGAGCCAGGACGACAUCAAGACGGUGUUUGAGGGCUUUGGUGCCAUCCGCAGCAUCGAGGUGAUGCCCGGGGUGGAGGGGCGUGGGCUGCACCAGGGGUACGGCUGGAUCGAGUAUGAGGACAACUCUGCCCUUGCUGCCGUCAUGAUGUGCGCGACAAACUUCGAGCUCGCCGGGCAGUUCGUCAAGAUGUGCAAAGCUCUCAGCACGCCUGCGGAGAUCAAGGCCAUUCUUGCCGCGCACGGGCGCCUCCCAGGCAGCGAAGGUGCGACCGCAGGCCAGACGGGCGACCAGCAGCAAGGAGGACAGCAGCAGCAGCAAGGCCAAACACAAGGCCAACAGCAGCAGCAGCAGCAGCAGCCGCAGCAGCAAAUUGAAGGGUCCAUUGCUGCCCAGCAGGCUCUCUUACAGCAGCCGUCCGCGCCCCCAGCUGCACCACAACUGCAUGCGCCGCAGCAGAACAUUGACAUGGAGGAGAACCUGACGAUCCGCGGGUCGCAGCGGUUCAUGAUUAUGCAAAAGCUCCAGCGCGGCGACACGGGCGACGAGACGUCGUCGCCCGUGAUCCAGCUGUCGAACAUGGUGACGGCCAAAGAUGUCGACGCCACGCUCGAAGAUGAAAUCCGCAUGGAGUGCAUCAAACACGGCGUGAGCCAAGCAAGACCGCACCCUGAUUCGCUGGCGAAGAUCUUUGUCAAGUUUACCACUCCGCAAUCUGCGGGCGCCGCGAUUGAUGCGCUGAAUGGGCGCUACUUUGACGGGCGCGUGGUGGCUGCAGAGCGGGUUUCGGAGAAGACAUUACAGCAGUUCCUUGGCGAAGAGGACAACAGCACCAACAACAAGGCCGCCACCGCUGCCCCACCUCCCUCAGGCUGA